AUGGGCUCAGGGACGAUUCAAGUCACCAAGAGGCGAGAAAUGCAACGUGGCCGAAAGUCGCGAUUCGGUUGUCGGAACUGCAAGCUGAGGAAAGUAAAGUGUGAUGAGUCGAGGCCAUAUUGCGACAAGUGCCGGAUUUAUGGCGUCUUAUGUAACUUCGGGUUCAACAUACCGGAUUUCCAGUCACUUCCUGAAGAACAAACCAAGAAGAACAUGCCAAAGCAUCUUACAAUUCCGUCACCACAGUGGUCUAUGGGUAACUGCGUAUGGGUAGCAGAUGAAACAACUUUCUACAUGCUCAAUGCGCAUGACCAAGACCUUUUCAAUCGUUUCCAGUGCAGAACUCUACAAUCUCUUAACGGAUCAGAGACAGUAGAGACACACAACAGGCACAUGUUGGAGUUAUCUUUCAAGAGUCCAUUUUUAUUGCAUGGCAUGUUGGCCGUGACGGCUGUUCAUGAUCGUUACCUUGGGGUAACGCCAGCCCAUCGUCGAUCAUUUUGUGAAACAUACCACUGGUCUCAAUGCACUUCAUUGUUCAAUAAGUCUCUGGGCCAGCCUAUCAAAGAGGAGCACAAGGAUACUAUCUGGGCCGCAGCAAGCACGCUUGGCAUCCUUGCCUUCUCGUCUAUCAAUGCGUGCCCCGUGGAGGAAACUUGGCCUCUUGGAUUGCCGGACUCUUCUGACCUUGAAUGGUUACGACUUGCAGCUGGAAAGAUGAGACUAUGGCAACUAUUGAACCCUUUGCGAGCAUCAAGUGUCUUUAAGCCAAUGGCUGACACUUUUGUGACAAUGCAUCAGUCCUUGCCCGUCGAAGGCAUUAAUGGUGUAUUAGUGGAGCUAAGGCAGCUGUGGUCGCACAUGGCUUGUCUGAACUGCUAGCAAUACCUGCUGGCCAAGCUACACUCGGCAAAGCUAUGAAGGUCUCAACCAAGAUACGGGGAGAAUUUAAAACAUUACUGGAAGAGAAAGAUCCAAUAGCUCUUACACUCUUAUACCUAUGGUACACUAGGGCACGUGAAUGCAGGUGGUGGAUAGAUAUUCGUGCCACGUAUGAGAUGCCUGCUAUUCGCGCCUAUUUACAGCGGUAUUGUCAAAAUUGGGGACAUGUCCAAGAGCUUUUGUCUGGGGUAGAUAAAGGGUCUCCAUGGUCUUCUAGUUCGAGGAAUGGGAUUUAAUUAGCUAGUUGGAACUUAAAGUCAAAGAGCGGCGUAUUCCUUUACGGUUGCGCGAUUCCUAGAGGUAGUAUCGGAAG